AACUGUGCGUGGAGAAACAAUUCGAAGGCCAUCUGCAGAGUCCAAAGUCACUCAAGUCAGUCAGUCGAGUCGAGAGUCGUCGGGUAAUCGAAAGUGCGUUCGCGAACGUCCCCUUCGAAGUGCAAAUCAAUCAAAGUUGUGUAAAAGAAUUGUGUGAAACCGAGUGAUUAUUCAAGUGAUCUGGGAAUAAAUCGUUGCUGGCGAACCGCCUGAUAAACUCGAAUUUGCGAGUUGCACUAAAACGGCCACAUCCAGCGUGGAAGUGAACAAUUAAGGAUUUUUCUUCCCUUGGAGCAGAGUUCAGCAAACGGCCUCAAAACGGAGCACAUAACGAAAAUGAUGGAUUUCAGCGGCGGCGCCUAUGGAGGCGGCAAAGCUGGCGGUGCAUUCGACCCCAUCGGGUUUGUGAUGCGACCGACCGUGAUCCUGCGGGCAGUCUGUUGGCUCUUCGCCAUCAUCGUGUUCGGUUGCGUGUCGUCCGAGGGCUGGCGGGAAGAGAACGGCAAAGAGUACUGCAUCAUCAAUCGGGACGCCAACGCGUGCAACUAUGCCGUCGGAAUCGGCGUGAUCGCCUUCCUGGCCUCGAUGGGUUUCAUCGCGGGCGAGUACCUAUUCGAGCAGAUGUCCUCGGUUAAGACACGGAAACACUACGUUCUCGGCGAUUUGGCAUUCUCAGCUCUGUGGACGUUCCUUUACUUCGUGGGAUUCUGCUAUCUGACAAACGCGUGGGGUAAGGCGGAAGACCCACCCAAUGGCGAAGGAGUGAACAACGUGCAGGCUUCCAUUGUUUUCUCGUUCUUCUCGAUCUUCACCUGGGCCGGUUGCGCUUACUUCGCGUUCCUUCGCUUCAAGGCCGGCGUCGACCCGUCGUUCCAGUCGACGUACGAGUCGGACCCGAAUGCGGCGACCCAAUACUCGGCGUACCCGGUGGGAGGCGCUGGUGGCGAGAGCGACCAGUUCCAGCAGCAGCCGUUCGGUGGCGGUCAACAGCAGCAACAGCAACCUGGUGGUGAUUUUAAUCCAGCUUACUAAACUUCUGAAAACCCUUGGAUGAUCCGUUAGUUGUCAAACGGAUAUGUUAUACAUUGGAGACGCGGAUGAAGCGGAGUACAAAGUGGACUCUGGUAGUGACCAAUGCCUAAUUGAAGUAGGCAUCCUUUCAGUGUGGUUACCAACCAACACAAUGAAAUCGUGCUCAGCGAGAGACUCAAAAUAUUAGUAGAUCACAUCCACUCAGAACGGUGACACGUCUAGCGCGGGUGAAGACGUAUUUUGAAACAUUGCCAUCCACAUUGUUUAGACGACAGCAACAGCAGCAACAGUAGUAGCAACAACUCAGCAAUGAAGAUGAAACUAAAACAACACACAAGCAGUGAAUAUUUCUCCCAGAUCCUAUUUAGAGCGUACAUUGUUAUAUAUACUACACUUACACAUACACAACGCAAGCGCGAACAUUCAGCGAAACUCACUCACACACGUGCAUAAAAACAUAACAGGAACAAUGAAAUAAAUAAAACCAUAAUACAAGCUAAAAGAUAGAAUACGAAAUCGAAAAACACAAAAACAAAUACCCAGAUACAAAACAACAACACUGAACAAAAGAUAAAAUAUUGUUAGUUUAUGGCAAAAGAUGAGAAACCAAAAAGAAUAAGUAAUCCUACAAGAGAACAAAAUCACAGAAGAAUAUCUUACCAUAUAAGUAAUUGGUAUAUUAUUUAUUGAUGAUAGUAAUACAAAAGAACAAACAAACGA